AUGGCUGCACUUCCAAAGAGAAUAAUUAAAGAAACAGAAAGAUUAGUUAGUGAUCCAGUUCCAGGUAUAACUGCUACACCAUCAGAAGAAAAUCUUCGAUACUUUGAAGUUACAAUAAUUGGACCAUCAUCAUCACCAUAUGCUAAUGGGUUAUUUAAAUUAGAAUUAUAUUUGCCUGAUGAUUAUCCAAUGUGUGCACCAAAAGUUAGAUUUUUAACUAAGAUUUAUCAUCCAAAUAUCGAUAAAUUAGGAAGAAUAUGUUUAGAUGUUUUAAAAGAUAACUGGAGUCCUGCUUUACAAAUUAGAACUAUUUUAUUAAGUAUUCAAGCUUUGUUAGGUGCUCCUAAUCCUGAUGAUCCUUUGGCUAAUGAUGUUGCUGAAGAUUGGAAAAAGGAUGAAAAGAAGGCUAUUGCAAUGGCUCAAGAAUGGACUAAACUCUAUGCUAUGAAUGAUAAUGCAAAUACAAAUACUACAUCUUAG